CCUCCAACUUCAAACCUGCUGGUAUUAUUAUGGAAGAUACUGGAGAGGUCCCUUGCAGUAUAGAAGUAGGGAAACAAGUUGAAGAAAUAUCUGAUUUAAUAACAUUAAGAGCCCUAAAAAAUCCAAACCUAUUUUCUAAAGCGCUAUCUUCCUUUCACUCUGCUUUAAAAAAUAUGAAAAAUGAAUCUUCAUUACUGUCAGCCUUUCAUCAAUUUGGAAAGCCUACAUACUCGCCACUGACAUGCAAGAAGUACAAGACAACCAUUCCGGUGCAGCCUACUGCUGUAGCAAGAAGGAAGUUUACUACCAAAGGGCGAAGAUGUCUACAGAGUGGAAGACCUGCCAAGGUUAACUUCACUUCCGAACAUGGCUACUCAAAAAAAAAGAAUAGUCGACCAGGCAAAGUCCCUCACUCUCUCCAAGAAUCUGUGGACAGGAAUCAUUCGUCGUCAAAAAAACAUUAGAACUAAA